CUUCUUUCUAAACACAGCACAAGAAACGACAGCAACAACCAUGAGCCACCAUUGCCACGACGAAGCACAUGCACAUGGACAUGGACAUGGACACCAUGACCAUGACCACGACCAUGACGAGCUACCUGAUUCAGGACUGGUACAUGAGUCUCUCUACCAGAAAAUCGACCAUGACAACGUCACUUGUCUGAAUGAAGCAGAGCCCAAUUCUGGAAAGAGCGUAUUGAAGCCAUGGCACGAAAAAAUGGAUGAUACAAAGUUUGUUGAAAGUGACGCAGAUGAACAGCUUAUUUUCAGAAUCCCCUUCACAGGCUUGGUCAAAUUAAAAUCGAUUUCACUCAGGACUGAUCCUGGAGAAAGCGCUCCGCGUAAGAUGAAGGCAUUCGUUAACAAGGAUGACCUAGAUUUCGAUAAUGCUGAAUCAACAGUACCGACACAAGAGUGGGACCUUGUAGAAGACUCACAUGGACAGAUCGCAGAAUACUCUACAAGAGUGGCAAAGUUUACGAGCAUUCGCAGUCUGACGUUAUUUUUUAGUGAGAAUUUUGGAGGUGAUGUGACAAAAAUCAGCUUCAUUGGGCUCAAGGGCGAGUUCUCAGAGUUCAAACGCGAUCCAAUUAUCACAGUUUAUGAGCUACAAGCGAACCCUGCAGACCAUAAGGUUCCUGGCGCUAAUGAUAUCCUUGGACAUGAGGUCGAAUAGGCACUCUACUAUCACGGCGAGCAUUUGUAAAACUCACAAUAACAAUAAAGCAAAAGUGUAUAAUACCUACAAUUGCGUUUUAUACAGCACCACAUAGCCGGCGUGUACGAUCACCGCAUUGCUCUAUU